AUGUUAGUUGAUAAAUUUAUAAACAUUCUUAAUCAGGUUAAUUUAGAUGGGUUUAUCAUUCCUAUGGAAGACAAUCAUUUAAAUGAAUUUAUUAGUAUAAAUGAUAAUUAUAUUAAAUAUUUUACAGGGUUUAAUGGAACAGCUGGUAAACUUUUAAUUACAAAAAGUAAGAUAGGGUUAUAUUUAGAUUCUAGAUAUUAUACAAUGGCAGAAAAAUUUACAGAAGAAAAUAACAUAGAACUUAUUAAAAGAGGAGAAAUAAAACUAGAAGAAUUUUUUGAGUCAGAAAAUGUAAAGAAAGUGGGUAUUUGUCCAAUGUUUAUAAGUUCAAAAAUGUUUGAAGAUUUAAAACAUUCUUUAGAAGAAAAGCAUAUUAAAUUAAUUGAAAGUGAUAAUAUUGCUGAUAAGAUUUGGAUUAACAAGCCUAAUAGAGUUCAUAAAGGAGCAGUUAAAAUUUCUGAUGAAAACAGAAUAGAGUUAGUUCGAAGUAAACUAAUCAAAAAUGAUGAGAUGAUAAUUAUAACAGACUUAGACACAAUUGCAUGGAUUACCAAUCUAAGAGGAGGAGAUAUUGAAUUUAAUAAUAUUUUCUAUUCUUUCUUAGUUAUAAAUAAAGAGAAAGCAAUUUUAUUUAUAAAUAAUUUUAAUGAAGAGAUUCAAAAUAUAGAAAUCAGAAAAUAUGAUGAGUUUGAAAAUUUUCUAAAGGAACUUUCAAAUAAAAAUGUUUUGAUUGAUAGGAGAAUAAAUCAACAAUACUAUAGUUUGAUUAAAAAAUACAAUAAUGUAGAAAUUACUGAUGAAGUAAAAAAGGAACAAUCAAUUAAAACAGAUGAAGAAAUAGAUAAUUACUUUGAUGUGAUUAAAAAUGAUGCUAUCGCUUUAAUAGAAUUAUUUGAUUAUAUUACAAAACACGAUGAAGAUGAAGUGAUGAUCGAGGAAAGAUUAAGGUCAAUUAAAGAAAAAUUAUUUAAAGAUUCUGGUUAUACUAAAGAAUCUUUUCGUUCUAUUGUUGCUAUAAAUUCACCUGACAUUCAUCAUGAUAAUAACAAGCUUAAAGUAUUCAAGAAUGGAGAUAUUGUUUUAUUAGAUACAGGAUCACACUACUUUGUAGAGCAACAGACAUUUCUAGAACUAUUUCGAAAGGUGAAGUUAAUCCUGAUAUAA